UUUUUUUUUUUUUUUUAAUAGGAAAAUACGGGAUUUGUCGAUAAUCUGAAACGAAUUGAUGCGAAACCUUUGAACAUUUUCUCCACACGAUUGGCAAUUUACGAUUGAACGAAAAAUCUGAAAAUCCGUGAUUAUUAAAAUAUUUCGUGGAAAUGGAAAUUAGAAAUUUAUUUUUAAAUAUUAUGUACACCGUUCACAGAUUAUCAAGCAUACGUUCAAGGAAGUGGAACGAAUUGAAUCUGAAAUUUAUUGAAUACAUCGCAAAAGAGAUAAACGAAUGAUGUCUGACUCGCGGAGGAAAAGAUAAUUACUUGCUGUCCACCAGUUUAAGUUCUUUACAUCUCGUAAAAAAAAUACGAGAGUUCCCCAUCGUCAAUUAUUUCGAUUCCACACGCACGAUAGAAAUUUCGAACGAAGGAAAAUCCAUUCGAGGCGCGCCACGAACGAUCGAAAGCCGGCAAAUAAGGCAAAAUCGAAAAAUCGUAAAAGCACGAAUAAAUCGAAUUCUCGCGAUGACUUCCGAAGCUCCAUUGCGUAUAUACGCGCGUGUUUUCCUCCUCCCUUUCUCAUCUGCUGAAUAAUGUAGCCAAGCUUUAUCAGCAUAACCUCGAACGACGAGAGCCGGGCAGAGCGAGGAUCGCGCUCGCGCUCUCGCAGAUACUUGGCUGAUUCGCGAAAGAUCGCCGAAAGAUUAGCCAUAUCCUCGUCCCCGUUCGACUUAUCGGAUCGACGCUCGGUUCGCCGCAGAUUCUCUCUUUCCCUCGUCUGUUCGAUUCGUGCAUCGGGCUAAAGAUAGCCGGCUAUUUAUCUGGCGGAUGCUAGUCUCGUCUAUUGGUAUAGCAACUCCGACUUGGAGGGUGCUUUUUUUUCUUUUCUCUUAAAUAAAAAUCCGUUUCGUUUGCUAUCUUUGCUUUCUUGUUCGUUUGAUCGUAAUUUGUCGUAGCUGUACGUCGAGAUGUCUGGAUGGAUUUUUGGCAAUCGCCUGUUGAUACUUAAAUAGAAUCAGAUUAAAAUUAAAUAUUCUUAUUAUCUCGAGUCGAAUUCGUUGUAAUCCGUACUCUUGGAUUUAUUUUUACCAAGACACAUUUAAUUUCUUCAUUCCUCGAUCGAGUCGUAAUCGAGGUACGGUAUUUGGGUAAUUUUUUUCUAUUAUUUAAAAAUAAAAUACUAGAUUUAAAAAGGGUUGUUCCAAGGCGGCCUCGCAAAAGGAUUAUAAGAAAAAAGGGUCGAUGCGGAUUAAACGCGUAAUCUACUUAUAUUUCGCGAUUGUAUAUGGAAUAUAGUUGCGUGCUGCUUUGAAGCUACCGAUAUUGCAUAUCGUUUGCAACCUAAUGAACGAGCCGUUGUUUUCUUAGCCCGAGGGGAUCGCGACCGAACUGUUGUCCGCGCCGUUUGAAGAAUGGCGUAAUCUUCUCGCCAUAAUAAGUACUUGGGAAUACAUCUAUUUUGCAUGUAACCAAAAAGAACAAAAAGAAAAAAAAAAUAAAUAAAAUUAAUCCGCAAUUUCCAAUAACUUCAACUUAAUCGUAUUCGAAAAGCAUCGAAUAGGACGGCUUUAAAUUUUUAACCGUGGUUUAAAACGCGUUCGAAUUAGCAUCGCCACAAUAAACGCUAUCACUGGAUCGGUCAUGCGCUAUCAUAAAUUCCUCCAACGGUCGCAGAUAACUCAACCCGAUAAAAAAAGGCGCGCACAGUGACUAUACGUACGCGUCUCCCCCUCCCAUUAUCUCUCUCUCCCUCCUUCUCCUUCUCCUCCUCCUCCUUUUCCUCUUCGUUCUUGUAACUCCUUUCCUCUGCCUCUCGAUUCGAAUAAUUUUUCCCGACCGAGAAGGACACCCCAUUCUUUCUCAUCCAUCCAUCCAUCCAUCCAUCCUUUCUUCUUUUUUCUUUCUUUUCCUCUCUUUCUUUUUUUCUUUCUUUCUUUCUUUCUUCUGACGAACCGCUAAACCGACAGGAAACGAACCGGCAGAUAGCCCACGAGCGGCGACGCCAUUGCACCCGGAGAUAAAACAGUGAUAGGGAGAUCGAUGAAGGCGAUAGUUGAAGUUAUUACCGGAUAGAGGAAGCGGCCGUGACAAAGACGGAGACCGGACGAAAAAGAGAAACAGAAACUGUUAGUCCGGGCCCUUGCGUACGCUUACGGGGAUGUAGGGGGAGGGGAGGGAUGGAAGGAGACGUAGAAACGCGAAACUCGAAGGACGAAGAGCGUGUACAAUGGGAACAUCGCGAGGAAGGACGAAGAGGAAAGAAAGCGCUGCUUUUGAUGAAGAGAAGAAAGAAAGAAAAAGAGAGAAAGAGAGAGAGAGAGAGAGAGAGGAAGGCAGAGUAAGUGAGGACACAAUAGAAGAAAGAAGGUAGAUAGAGACAAACGCGGAUGUGGAAAUAGGGGCGAGAAGGAGGAAGGAAGAGGGAGAGGGGUGUGGAGAAGGGGUGUAGAGGAGUGCACGAAGCCCGAUAAGCAGAAACGGUUAUCAAGAAAUGGAAAUGACUGAUAAAAGUCUGGCAGCGAGUUGUCGUUGGAACGUUUUUAAUAUUACAUUAAGUCGGGAUUAUACUUUGUAUAUAUGUAUGUAUAUAUAGGAACGCGACGAUUUGUGUCGUGUUAUGACGCAUCGUCGCGGGACACGCGAAAUUUCACGGUCUCGUUAUAACCGAAUGAUUUAAUUAACGAUCGACUGGCAAAACAGAAGAAUGAUUUUAAUCGGACGAUGAUCAAGCAUGGAGAAAGGACAAAAACGCUAAGAAUCGAUGAGAUGUUCCAUCGUGCGUGAUAAUAAGUGUCGAGUGUGUAAUCGUUUGGAUUUGAAUAUUUUUCGAUGAAUCAGCAGUUUUGGAUUAUUAAUUCGCUCUUUGUGUUAAGCACACGGGUACUUUUUUAUGUAAAAAUGACAUUAAAUGAUAAUAAUAAGAGAUAUUAGAUUAGAUUUAACGCGUUGUCGUCGGGGGGAGACGUGAGUCGUCGUCUUUUGUCUUUAAAGUGCUGAUAACGGUUGACGAUUUGUCUUCUGGUAUAUUUCUAUUCAGUAAUGAAGAGAUAGUCAAACAUGGAGCAUCGGUUGAAUAUGGAAAUUUUUGCAGAUGUAACGAGUGAUAAUAAAAUAACAAUAGUUGUGGCGGCGAUAGUGAUAAUUCUUUUCCCUAAUGAAAAAUUAUAUAACAAGAAGAAAAAUUGUUUUCGAUAAUGUGUGGGAAUUAAAGCAUCAUCAAUGAUGACUUAAUAUCUUAGAUCAAUAAUAUAUAUUUUAUUAAAGUCAUAUUAACUCUGUAUAAAAAUUCAUUAGAGUACGUUGAAUUCACAUUUCAAUUUCAAUAAUAAUCUAUUUUCUAUCGAAAUGGAAUGUCUAACAAAUGUAUUCCUGGAAAAGGUGAACACACCUACAAUGAAUUCUAAAAUAUAUUUCACUUCACUUUACGCCUGAAAUUGCACAAUUCCUUCUAUAGCAUCGUUGUAUAUUGGCACAUACGUUCGAAAUUCUUGCGCAAUGACAGUUUGCAGAUUUUCCGCUCGCUACGCGCGUAGGUGUCGAUUGCAUUCGCGAAAUGUUGAGUAGACAUCGCAAAGGAACGCUUCGAUCAUCGACAAACUUGGUUUUAUCGUUGAAUUUUUGUCCGUGUGUUCCUCGUUGCGAAUAAGUUUCGCGCUGCUGCCGCCAUUUGCAUAAUGGCGUCCGCGCAAAAUCAGUGUGACGACACCGCCGCCGUAUGCAAAUCUUAAUACCCGUUUAACGUCUGAAUUAUGGCCGAUUAAAUGGCAGAUCGACCCAGAUCCUUGUGAAAAAAGUUCAAUUCGGUCCUCUCGUCGAUGGAUAUUGCGAAACUUGUAUCGCCGAAUUCUGUUGGAGUUUGCCUCGGAAUGGACUCAUUUGGAUAGUUUGGUUAGGUUCAUCGUAUUGAGAAAUGGGCGAUUUACGGAACGAAUUGUGGACAUCGAACGAUAUGACUUCAUAAAGGGGAGGAUGAGGAAUGGAGCGACUCGGAGAAGACACCUUCGGUGAGCAGUGGAGUGGAGGGCGGUGGGUCGGCGGUUUCGAGCCCGAUCGCGCCGAUCGUCGAGGAGGAAUCGAGUUUGCCGCCACCACCGAGACUGAAUCCCCCUUCCUCGUCGGUUGUGAUCGCGAAUUCGGCCGCUGAAGAUAUCAGAUUGAGGCUCAGCGUUCUCUCUGAAGAUGCUCGGAAACGGCUUGCUAGUCUUACCGAGGAUAUCGAGGUUGCAAGAAGUUUGAGAGAUCGACAUGUCACUCCGAGGGCCAAUCAAACCCGAGAAUCGAGCCCGAAGGACACGGACGAGGAUUCCAACAUGGUCGUGGUCAAGGAAGAGGAUUGCCAGCCGAGGUCCUCGUCCUCCUCGUCCUCCUCGACCAGAAGGCGGGAGUCCGUGUGCAGGAGGGACUCGGAGGACUCCUCGAGACGAUCGAACGCGGACGAGACACCUUCAGAGAAAAAGCUGAAACUCGAUGAUGAAGCAGCACCAAGACUGAGACUCAAUGCUAGUCUGGCGACGGAUCCUGCGCUUCGGCCCGCCGCUGUAGCCGCGCUCACCGUCAAACCGGAAAAUACCUCGCCGCCGAAUCCUGUGCCACCCCUGCCGGCUGGACUUCAGAACGCGAUCGCGUCAGGUCGGCUGUUCGUGCUGCCAACCGACGGCAAGGAGACGAUCACGGUGGAGCCAGCCAGGCCGGCGCCCCUCAUCUGCCCGCCAUGCGGCAUCCGUUUUAGCUCAGCGAGCACCCUCGAGGCGCACCGCACCUUCUACUGCGCCCACCGUCCUCGGCUCGAGGAGGAGGCAGCCAACGAGGAGGACGAGGAGAAGUCGAAUAAAUUCGAGGUGAGGAAGGCGUACGCCUGCCCUCACUGUUCGUACAGCGCGGACAAGAAGGUCUCGUUGAACAGACACAUGAGAAUGCACGCCGCGUCCCCGGCGCCGCCCACGAUACCAACCGCGCCGACCACGGCCACCACUCCGGGAACGGGCGCGGCGACCGCCUCGAACGGCUCGUUGAACGAGGAAGCGGAAAGAUACUGCAGAAAUUGCGACAUCCGAUUCAGUUCGCUCAAGACUUACAGAGCGCACAAGACCCACUACUGCAGCACCAGGCACGUGGUGAAGGAUGCGCAACCUGCGGCCACGGUGGCCGCCUCCUCCUCGGUCAAGGCAUCGCCGCCGACCAGCGCGAGCCCCGGCGAAUCGCCACCCCCGCAACCGUGUCUGGCAUUGCCCACCAACCCGAUUCUGAUCGUGCCGUACUCUUUGUUCCGCGGCGCCAGCGUUCUAGCUGCGCCGACUCUGCCCGCUCCUGACACCGCGUGCUUCCUUCUUCCAAAUGGUCAUCUUCAACCGAUGACAAGAGGCCUCGCAACCACGGGUCAGAAUGCCGUGGUCGAGCCUCCGCCGGUUCUUCGAGCCGCGAACAAACCAACUACGCCCGCGUCCGUCGUGGCAUCGUCCACGUCGCCAUCGGGCUCAGCGCCGCUGGACUUGAGCGUGAGAAAGUCACCGGCUCAUCAAGACGAGAAGGAGAACAGAGUGUCGCCGGCACCCUCUUCUCUGCCUCCGCCACCCGGAAGCCCACGGUCCAGAGGAAGCGCAAGUCCUAGAGCGAGGUCGAUUGGAUCUACUCCUACGGUAACUGCAACUGUCGUUCCACCACCACCGACGGAACUCGCUUUAAGAUUGGCUGAACUUCCUCCACCACCUGUUCCUAGCGUUCUCGUGAAGCAGGGUGUCUCGAGGUGCAAAGAGUGCAACAUCGUGUUCUGUCGACACGAGAACUUUGUCGCGCACAAGAAGCACUAUUGCCAGGCGAGAGAGACAUCGGUCAGCAACAGUCCUCCGCCACCCGGUACACCCUCGCCUCCUUUGGUUCAGUUAAUUUGCGCCGCAUGCGGAAUCAAGUUCGCCUCUAUGGACAACCUAGUAGCUCAUCAAGCGUUUUACUGUCCUAAAAGGCCAGAACCCCAAGAACAUCAUUCGCGAUGUUCCAAGUGCAAAACUAUAAUAGAACCUGGAACAACCCAUACCUGUACCAGUGGACCGACCGGUGGUUGGAGAUGUCCUGUUUGCGGUGCUGUUAGUCCAACGGCCGGAGCGGCUCAACGUCACAUGGAUGCGCAUCAAGGCGUGAAGGCUUUCAGGUGCACGAUCUGUCGUUACAAAGGAAACACGUUACGCGGUAUGAGAACGCACAUCAAAAUGCACUUUGAGAAACGCGGAACCGAUUUGCAGGAGGAAAAUUAUAUAACGUGCGUACUCGAUGACGAAACAGUUUUGCCCACUCCAGAGCCUGCUCCAGCCACCACUCCCGAGGAAAUCCCUGCCGAGGUGCAAGUAAACGGAAAAACCGAAGUUCGAAAGAGUCCGCAACCACCUCCACCACCUCCUCCGCCACCGCCCCCAGUGGCUAACAAGGUGAAGCAAGAACGCGAGGAUACGCCACCACCUCCUGAAGAAAGUUUAGAUCCCAACAAGAGCGGUCCGCGUUACUGCAGGUCCUGCGACAUCAGUUUCAAUUAUUUGAGCACGUUCAUAGCUCAUAAGAAGUUCUACUGUUCGAGUCAUGCGGGGGAAGCUAGUAACAAUAACAACAAUAAUAAUAACAAUAAUUCGAGCAGUCACGCGACGACGCCUCCAAGCAGCAGAACCGAAGCGUCGGUACUUUAAAAAAAAGACUCUUGGAAUUGGGACAACCAAUGGGACUGUUAAUUGUUGCCAGUUUAUAUAUAAUAUAAUUGCCGACUAUCCAAUUUAGUUGACUACCGUUGUGUGAUUUCUGUUGAUCCAGGGAAUUGUUUGUACUUAUAAAUUGAGUUAUCCGACGUGUACAUACGUGCGAUGCGUGAAGAAGGGGCUGCGUAAAACGUAAGCUAAAAUGUUAGAGGGGAAAGUUAGGCGAUCGUGGCAACGUUCGAUAGUUUGCUUUGGAUGAAUUAGACAAGAGAAAGAUUAUUGGAUUAGAGGAAAAAAUAAAAUAAAACGUACCAAAGUGAAACUGUCGAAUGGGACGAUAUGUAAAUCCACGUAUGAAAGGGAUCGUGCAGUUAGGUUUACGAUGCAGCUGAUCUCAUAUGCCACAAUCGACCGAUACAAAAGGUGUGCAAUCUCAUGACUCUUCAAUAAUCUCAUAGUUGUAAUAAUCGACACAUACCUAAGGAAUUACGAAAAAAUAAUGAUGAGUGUAAAAUGUUGUACAGUAGCCGAGUAGAGUAUUACGGUACGAUAUAUUAAUAAUCUUAAAUGAUACCAAUUCCCAGCUUGUGAAAACGCUAAGUUGCAAUAUGACAUUUAAUAUAUUAUACAUAAAUAUAUAUAGGUAUAAAUAAAUAAUUUCAUUGUCCAUAAAUCGCGCUCAUAUUCUUUGACGAGUAAAUAUGUUGGUAAUAAUAUCCAUACUGCCAUAAGAAAGAAAGAUCGGAGUCGUUUCCUAUUUCUUUGCCAACAGUCUCGAAUAAAUAAUAACGAGAAAGUGAGAAUAAAUCGAUGACCUCUAAUAUUUCUCUUCGAAUUCUGGAUACGGUGGAUAAAUGGGUCCUUAUCAACGUAUUUGCUUCGUUAUAUUACAAUCAAAAAAAAAAAAAAAAAAGCAUCGCCUGUACUUGUAUACAAGUAACGGAUUCGUUGCGAGCGCGUAAAUGUAAAAAUUAGAAUUAAGGCCAGUGUUACACGUAUACGCAGCGUACUAUUCAUAUCACAUAAAGAGUUCGUUAAAAGCAUGAAUUUCUUCACGUGAACGUUUGACGAUGAGAGAGAUAGAAUGAAAGUGAGAACGAAAGAAAAAAAAAACAAAUAUGCGAAUGUUGUAAUUUGAACGUUGUCCAAAAAUUGAAUUAUGCGACAACGUUCGCGAUCGAAAAAUCUCAGUUGUGUAAAAAUUGUUUUCGUAUUUCGGCGAGUAGUAUAGUCAGAUAAAAAACGCGAACGUUCGCAGAUACUUUUAUAAAAGUAAUUGUUAUGUUAUUUACAGGUCUCCUGCUAAUUGCUAUCUAAAGAAAUGCAAGAUUCGCGAUAUACUAUUAUAAAAUAAAUACAAAAAAUUUGAUAACACAUCACGAAAAAACUACUUUACUGAAAAUUUGUAAAUCUCUAUCUGAUACUUCCACGAUAAUUUGUUAUAUAUUAUAAAUCUGGUAUAUUAUUAUAUGCCAUAUCGUCGAAAA